AUGAUCCUUCCCGUUGUCGAUACGCAACUGGUGCUGCCAGACGGUAUCAGCGACUACAUUCUCAUCAGCGGGCAGCAAUCCCCGCUCACAGCAGCGAAAGCGGAUUCGUAUUUCCUGAGGUUGUUUCCCAGCCUAUACACUUGCGAGGAGACUAUUGACAUAGAUACGUUCUCGAAGACCUUUGGAGCGUGCGAGAAAGAAACUAGCGACGUUUCGCAGCGCGGCGGAUUGGUGCCGCAUGAUGCGAAGAUCAGUCACAGCCGGGAGCGACUGGACCCUGGGGAAAUUUCCGAAACACAAGACUCGCUUAAAGAUUCUAUGGAGGUGCCGAGCGGUGAAAAUGGAUUGAAAGGCUCACCGACCGAGAGUGGUGGAAUGGAAGAUCCGGCAGGUUCUUCGGGUCCGGAAAAUACUGACUUCAGCUCUGAGGCACCCAAGAGAAGUGCAGAAGGUCCGACGAUAGCGGGAAGCGCAUCAACCUUCCACGACAAGGAGACUGAUCAAGAUGGCGAUGAUAGUUCUCGGAAUUCGUCUCGCUUCCAGACAAGUGAAGAAAAAGGCGACUUUUGUGAGGCCAAAAGCGACGGAGGACAAAGCCUGUGCGCUGAUAGUCGAACAGGGACGGUAAAAUCUAUCGCUGACGUUGACUCGGAAAUGGAAGCAAUCGCAACCGGCGGGGACCAAUCUGCGAUCAAGGCGAUGGGUCCGAACACAGAUUCGGCGUCCGACGUGCAUGCGACUCAUUUAAGUGGUAAUGGUCCAUCGAGAGCAUCAGCCGCGGGUGAAUCGCCCACGGAUGCUGUGCCAGCUUCCUCUACCAAAAGCCGCCAAACUCCGUCUAGCACAAGCGUCGUACGUCAAGUCAGUUUCGAUGAUCCGCGCUCCAACACGGCAAAGCUCGCUAGCCCGCGCCGAAGAGCCAACCCCGCUCGUGCCGCCAGAAAAUCCAUAUCGACGGGCCCUCGGAAGUCUAUCAAUACGCUUAUCGACGACAUGAGAAAUGCCGCACUCAUGAACAUGGUUUUGGAAAGCAAACACGAACCAAAAGACGAGCACAAAACCGUUGGGGUGAUCCAGGCUAAGGCUACGACUGUGGUCCAACAAGACGAUCCGGAAGUUGGAGCUACUCACCCGCUAGUCGAGCGAAACGAAGGAGGAGAUUCACCACAAGGGUCCACAAGCAUUGUCGACCUUCGCGCUUCCGAAACGCAACAAGGUGCCAACCUGGGAGGUUCGAACUCCCAUGUGCAGCAAGAUCCCGCCGACCCGGAGAAACACACUUCAAUUGAGAAUGUCCCCGAAGAUUCGGGGGCGGAGGACAAGGUGCUUGCCGGAAGUCCCGAAGAAGAAAUAAGUCAUGGAGAAAGCCCAACCAACGAAACAGGUCACGAGGCGGCGCCGACCCGAACGGAAAACGAUUCCGUGCCGAUCAAGGAACCGAGUACUUUCUCCCGACCGCCACAGGUGCGGGGUUCCGGCGGCGCGGCUGACCUUAUCAACGGCUCCCAAAACGCGAUUGAGGGGUCUGAGCCCUCACCGAGUGCAUGGGGUCAAAGUAGUGGUGGGGAGACUUCUGCGUCCGAAGAUAAUGGCGGCAAUCUGAUAGGCGGAUCUUCGGCGGCGGACCAAUCAAGUUCCUCUAGCUCCGACGAGCCAGCCGAAAUGAGUGCGAUACUUCUACCAAAGGCGACGUUGGAAGCACCACUUCGAUCACUGCCAGAUCCCGUCUUUAUGGCGGACGAUUCGAUCGUAGAGCCAUCUUCCAUCACGUUCCUCAACAGUGAACUGGAGCCCUCCCAAGACUCGUUGCCAUCGUUCGAUUCUCCGGCGAGGAGUAUUCUCCCAGACAUACCAAAGCCUGUGGCUACACCGUCACCAUUGUCAAGUGAGGUGCGGCGCCCGCGCAACCCCCUUCUGGAUAGUGGAGAGGCCGGCGUCGAGGCCCCCUCAUUGGAGCUCGAUAUUUCGACGUCAUCGAUUCCCUCAGAGCUCAAUUUUCUGGGUGACUUGAGUCCAGAGCGGAAAAAGGUGGAGAGAGCUGAUUCUUGGGCUGUGGUUGGAGGUGAUGAGAAAUCGUGGCCGAAUGCCGAUGGAGAGGGAAAGAUUGGGUUUCUUGAAGAUAUUGUUGAGGAGACUCGGAUUGACGACAUUGGGGGCGGCGUCGACGUUGGCGACGUUGCUGAAGUCCCAGCCAGCUUUGAUAACAUUCCUGAAGAGGGACGGUCUGUCGAGGGGGUUCAGGCAGAGGUAACAAUGGAUGAUCUGAGGCAGGCAGAGCAGAACGAAAGACGAGAGGGAGUGUCAGAGGACGCAAGUUCUUCCAGCGGCACUAUGUCGGAACCACCGACUGUGAAUGGUGAAGAAGCCUCAAAAGCGACCGACGUUGCAAGUGCAAGUCCGUCCGUACCGAUCGAUACAAACAAGACCCGGCCCAAACCCGCGGUAACACCCUCAACGCUGGGUGGAAGCAAACUUCCCCGCUUCUCGCGCGAUCGUGCGAGCAGCAAUAAGUCAAGCGCGAGCGAGCGUGCAGCACUGGAAUUCGCUCUUCAGUCGAUACAGGAGAAGAAGCAGCAUCUCCAGUCGCAAAUUGAGAAGCGCACGGAAAGAACUGCUGGAAAAAGUACGACGGCUGAUACGUCCUCCGCGCCCGCAGACCGCGAUGAGGGCAUGUCAAAACUGGACUUUCUGCCUCCCGAAUAUCAGACCCGGGCAACGAAGCGCCGCGUCAACCCUCCGCCAUCGACGCAAUCCCUUUCAAAUCUCACUGAGGCUCAACUAGACGCGCUCGUACGGCAAAACAAUGCCAGGAACGGGGUUCAGAAGUGCGUUCUGGUGAAGCAGCCGAUGCCGGCCGCCAAACUGAAAGGAAUGAAUGUAAGCCCGAGCACCAAGUUGAAGAAUCGGAUGGAGCAACGGAAGAAAGUGGGAACUGGGUUGUCGUACACGGGCGGAGAGCCAUCGAGUAAGCUGCCAGGAGAGGGAUCUGAGAACAAUAGCAGUGCCGUACAAAAGGAUGAUGGAGGGGAGGAGGAAAGGGAGAGGCAGCGCAAGAUCCGGUGGCGUAACUCGCUUGUCAAUGUGGUUGAGUACAAUCCGCGGCAGAAGAUCUCUGUCAUGAUGGAAGCGAGUCAGCCACGAAACCCGCUGGCUGGCGACAAGAAGAGUGGGAACGAAAAGGAAUUCGAAAGUGACAAGGGGAAGGCGGCGGAAGGCGAAGGCCAAUCGGAGUCUGAAGAUGCCUUCAGCGACACGAACAUCAAGGUCGCUGCUGAUCUGCCGAAGGAGGAAGGACUUCACGAGCAGCCGGAGUCCGCAGGACAAAGCGACGCUAAUGUCACAUCGAGCAACACCUCCGAGCGCCAGCCAUCUACCGAACCCGCAUCCAACACCGCAUCCGGUCCGCUCAAGCCCCUGCACCUUCCCUUGAAGCCAGCCUUGAAACACGAAAUGGCCGCCUAUCCCAACAUCUCGUCUCCCGAACUCCGCCGAACGGAGGCCAACAAUGUUACGAAGUUCUUCACAACCUACUUCGAAGAGGUUGCCUCAGGGCCCAAAAACAACAGAGUUUUCACAUCGGGAAUGUGCACACUCGCCGGCCAGGUCGCUUCCGAGCUUGGCCCGAAGCGUGCUUUCAGCCCAGAGCGACACCUGGCCUCGCCACCAGAACGGAUCGCACCAAAGCGACGGAAAACCAAUGUGCGCGGUUUAGGCAAGCCGAACAUCAAAACACCGAAUGAAUUUGAGUUGCGCCCAGUACUGAAGGAGCUACUGGCGGUCGAAAUCAUACCAGUACUGAAGAGCCGACGUCAGGAAUUACCGAACUAUCCGGAGCUCCUGAAAGAGCUGGAGUCGUACCAGUUUAUUACUUACGUAGAUGAAUGCAUACGUGAAUGGAUUUUGAAGCUGGCAGCGGUACGAGCGUUGGACGCAUGCGUCUCGCAUUUUGAUCAGCUCACUGAGUCGGGCUUCACUCUUAGCUGGAAAUGCACGAAGCUGGGGUGA